AAAAACCAGAGAGAGUGAGAGAGAGAGAGAAAAAAAAAAAAGGAGAAGUAUCUGUUUGAGCAGAGAGUCCGAGGUUGACAGAGUGGAGCUGAUCCCCAGAGGCUGGGAGGUUCCCACCAAGACCAAGACGGCAUCCAGGACCAGACGGCAGAGCUGGGGACAGUGUGGGGCACACGCUUACCAUGCCGCGCUCCUUCCUGGUGAAGAGCAAGAAGGCUCACACCUACCACCAGCCCCGCAUCCAGGAAGAUGACCCGGUCUGGCCUCCUGCCCUUAGCCCCGGGGCCAGGGACCAGGUCCUGAGCAAUGAUCCUGUCCUCAGCACCCUGUUCCCAAACCAGUGCCUGACCUGGACUGACCUCAAACGGGAGCCAGAGCUGGAGUUGGACCAGAGCCUGAGCAGGACGGCCCUGGUGCCAGAGGGCCCUGCUGUCACGCCCCGAUCCCAGGACCGGGACUCCAGCUCACCCCCGUUCUACAAGCCCAGCUUCUCCUGGGAUGCCCUGGCCUCGUCCUAUGGCCACAGCUACCGGCAGACCCCCUCCACCAUGCAGUCUGCCUUCCUCGAGCGCUCCGUCAGCCUCUACGGCAGCCCUCUGGUGCCCAGCACUGAGCCGCCCCUGGACUUCAGCCUCCGCUGCUCCCCGGGCAUGGACGCAUAUCGCUGCAUCAGGUGCAACAAGCUCCUGGUGGCCUCACGCUCUGCACCCUGCCCGCAGGUGUUCUCCACCCCACACGGGCUCGAAGUGCAUGUUCGCCGCUCCCACAGCGGGACCCGGCCCUUCGCCUGUGACGUCUGUGGCAAAACCUUUGGCCACGCCGUGAGCCUGGAACAGCACACACACGUCCACUCCCAGGGGAUCCCGGCAGGGCCCGGUCCUGCGCCCAGCGUGGCAGUCCCGGGUCUCGAGGCCCCGCCCGCGCCUGACCCCCCGGGGCCUCGUUUCCUCCGGCAGGAGCGCAGCUUCGAGUGCCGGAUGUGCGGCAAAGCCUUCAAGCGCUCGUCCACCCUGUCCACGCAUCUGCUCAUCCACUCGGACACGAGGCCCUACCCCUGCCAGUUCUGCGGCAAGCGCUUCCACCAGAAGUCGGACAUGAAGAAGCACACCUACAUCCACACGGGUGAGAAGCCACACAAGUGCCAGGUGUGCGGGAAGGCCUUCAGCCAGAGCUCCAACCUCAUCACCCACAGCCGGAAGCACACUGGCUUCAAGCCCUUCAGCUGUGAGCUGUGCACCAAGGGGUUCCAGCGCAAGGUGGACCUACGGAGGCACCGCGAGAGCCAACACAAUCUCAAGUGAGGCUGCCCCUGCCCCGGGCUCCCAACCAGCCUGCCCUGAGGUCCCGUGACCCAGAGCGAGGCCAGCCUCCUGCAUCCAGAUGCCCUGUUUCCCAGAGUCAGUGCUGGUCAGGAAUCUUUCAGCUUGUUUGGAGACUCACGAAAUUGCUGUGUGACUUCGAGCAAGUUGCUUUCCCUCUCUGGACCAAUAUUUUCCUGCUGUAAAAUAUAGGACCUGGGCUGGGUCUUUUUGAGCUGAACUUGUUUAGAGGUCUAAGAGCUUGGGCGCCUUCCCUAGGGCAGAGCCCAGAAAGCCAGCAUAGCCCCCUGUGCACAGGGAUGCCAAGAAUAGUCCAGAACUGGAAUCCACAGAGAAGUCCUCCCCCUCUGCCUGCUGCCCACUGUGCUAGGAUCCGGUUUUUAGUGGGUCUCCUUCCGGCUGCCACGGAUGGCCAGAGCUGCCUCCUGCCCCCGUGGGAGGCCUAAGACCCCCCUGCUUCAGCUAGAUGUGCUGGCCGGCCCCCACUUCUGACUGGCGCGCAGCUGGCCGCGGAGGUUCCAGCUCUGCUUUCGGGCCAUGGGGCUGGAGAAACAAGCAGUCACUGCUGUCAAGAGCCUGUUCCUCUCAACUGCCGUAAAUAAAAACAAAACACAGGUUUAUUUACA